AUGGACUGUGAAGACGACGAAUCGACCGAGUCAUACAUUUUCUACUACGGUAGAGCACCAAUUUCAUGGUCCUCAAAUAAGCAAGACCCCGUUGCUCCGAGCAGCACUGUUGCUGUGUAUGUCACCCUUGAUGGCGUAGAGAAACCAACCCAAAUUCCGAUCUGCAUGGAUAGUGACAACACAGAGAAGAAAGGUCGCAAGCACGCUCCACCUAAGCGGAAAUCAGUUGAUGGAUGGGGGGAAGUACAGCGCGAGAAAGAGCCUCAGUAUGUCAACAAGACUCAAUGUUCUCACUGUGACAUAGAAGACCUCCCCGUCAGGAACUGCUACCACCUUCUCAAAGAGCCUAUUUACGAAGACUAG